AAAAAGCAUCGCUCACAAUGUCGUGGUUUCUGGUGUAGGGCGAAGAUGAUGUGCUGAUUAUCAUAUCGUUUGGUGCUGAUCGUUUCUCUUUCGAACAUCCUAUCAGGAUCUUUCAUUGACGAGAAUUCAGCACGAGUUUAGGAAGUCUUAGCGCCAUUGUUUGUUUCGAACAGCAUCACUUGUAGAAAGACAUCAUGCCUGCUCACAUUCGCAACGACAACAUUUCUAAGGAUCUUCAUCUCAGAUUUGGUAGCUGCAAAAUCAGUCACGGACCCGCACCUCACAAAAAUGGUCACAUGGCGGGAGGAGAGGGCCAGCAAGAGCGUGCGCAAUAUGCCCCAACUUCCAUUUCGGGACCACACAACAGAACGGUAAGAACAGAGCCUUUCUACGACCUGACUGCCGAAGUCGUCAAAGCUCGGCAAACAAAUGGCGGUUUGAAAUUCCUGAGCUUGAGAAACGCGGAGAUCCUCUUUCAUGAUGCUGGGUGGAAGCAUGAAGAUCCGGUUUCCGAGCAGGCCGAGCCACACGAGGAACCAGUGGCGACAAGGAGGAGAGUAGAGAUCGCACGCAAAUGCCAGCUCACGGUUUGGAACGCACUGUCCACAGAGCAGGAAAGAUGCCUAAACAGAGCGCCAGGAAGUGCAGGCAUAGGUGUGAACAAGAAAAUCGGCGUGCGUAUCUCGGCAAGAAACUGCACUCUCGAUCCCUAUGCUGGAGCAAGGCCACUUCCUGUGCCUGUGCGAGGAACGGCAGGUGGUUCAGAAAGAGGCAAGCAAUCAAGCACGACACUCGAUGGCGCCUGCUUCCUGAUGCAGGACCCACAGAAGGAUCUGGAAGUUCUUGUUUUAACGGAGCAAGCCGAAGCCCCUACCGCCGCCCCGGUGGAGAAGUGUGCUAGGCGGCAGCACUUGACGACUAACACAAACGACACGUCAGAGCGACCGGCUGACAAUUUCACCUGUGCCGGUUGCCGCGUUCAGGCGGAGAGGGGAAGUAGAUUCGGCGCCGGUGACUCAGAGUUCGGGGAAGAGGACUUUGCGCAGCCGCGCUUCCACUUCGUUCCGGAUAACGUUCGGUGGGGCUCUUCACUCAGAAGGCUUCAUCUGCAAGCCUACAAUGUGCUGCCAACAGCCUGCAUACCUUCUGCCGAGCGCUGCUUGUCGCGGUCACCACGGAAGGACAUAGUACGACCUGCAGUGGUGCUGCCACACUGCGAGUUUUGUCGGCCGCAGCUAGGGAAAAUUAUCUGCUCCGAUUCUGGUGGUACUGCUGCUGAUGUCGAGAGACCGUUUGGGAGAUCCAGUGCUAAAAAACCUAUUCUCCUGCCAACCACGGAUGCCGCUGCCGUGUGGAUUGCGACAAAUCAGAAAGCGCUACGGGAAAACGACUGGCGGGUCUUAACCGCGGAGUCGGCAAGUCUAAUCGAAACUUUGGCCGACAAAAAGAAGUUUUUGGCCCACGCGAAAUGCCUAUUGUCGAAAGAGGAAUAUGCGAAAAGCUUUCCGAGGCAGUAUGGAUCGAUAGACGAGCUUGGGAAGGAGCGUCUGCGGAUGAAAACAGGCGUGGUCAGUUCUUGUGAUUGGCGGGACAAAGACUCAAACUCAUCACCACGCCUCAAUGGUGGAGACCACGCACCCGUCACUUUCCCUAUCAUCCUAAAACCCAGCCGCGGGCAGUUCGGCCGUGGGGCGAAAUUGUUGCGAAAUUGGGAGGAUGUCGCACGGGUUGAAGAGCAAGCCAGGACAGCAGCUGCCGCAGCUGCUAAGGCAGUGAAGAGCGGAAAUCCACCAGUAGACGCACCAGACAGCACGACAGCGGAAAACCACCAGUACGUCCUGCAGGAGUACACAGUCGGUAGCAAGGAAAGGUCGACCUCUCUGCUAGUGGAAAAGGGGAAAAUCCUCGAUUCUAUCACGUGCGAGUACACGUAUGCAGUCGGGGGAGGUACAACUACAAGGCCCUCUGCAAGAACUAGCGGAGGCGGUAAGAACCAAGAUACCUGUACAAAUGGAGGGUCCUCGUCCUGCGCAAGAGAAGAGAGGACUGAUCGCAACAGCGACGAUACAAGUCACUACUACAUCUGGCCUCUGCAUGGGGUGAAGGAAUCCGAGCCCAGAAAGUUUUCUCCCCACGAGGAACUGGACAGUUUCGCUGUUCACGUGUUUGAGAAGCUGCUCACGACUGGAUUCAGCGGAAUCUGCAACUUUAACUACAAGGUUGUUACCGAUGCUGAUACGUCGGUAGCAGGCACCAAUACAAACAAGGAAACGGGAAAAAUAAAGGCGACGCCGCGUGACAAAGUUCCGCUACAACUUCGCAUCUUCGAGUGCAAUCCGCGACCGGGUGGGGAUCUGAUUCAGGAUGUGCCGAGACAGCACGCCAUUCGAUUGCUCGAGAAGCUGGAAAGGAUGGGUACUCCGAGCUAAGGAUUUUGUACCGUGACAGGACUGCCGUUGCCAAUCGUGUCACUUCUGCAAAGGAUUAUAUCUACCCAGGAAAAAGCGGAAGCCAUGGCAUCGUUGACGAAGGCUUUACUUAAUUUUUGGUGGAACUCGUUUAGAAGUAUUGUUUUUUUUGCGACUACGACGACCAGAUCCUCCUUCUCGGAAAUUUUUACAUGAAAUUCCGUGACACGACUUUUCGUUCUCGU